AUGGGAUUGCCGAUAGAGACUAUCAAGGACGACCUAAAAAGAGAGAAAGGGCAGGUUCAAGUAAUGUCGACACUUCCUCUGAAAGCUAUGUCAAGAAUAUGGGGCAGAUUUAAUGAAUUGGAAAUACCUUACUAUUUGCGAGUACCUGGAUUUAAAUUAUAUUCUUUUAUUUUUGGCGUUAACCUCUCUGAAGUGGCAGAACCUGAUCUUCACGUAUAUCCUAAUCUAGCUUCGUUCUUCUAUCGCACCUUGAAGCCAGGAGCUCGCCCACUUCAUCCGAACCCAAAUGCAUUGCUUUCCCCAUCUGAUGGUCGAAUUCUCCAAUUUGGUGUCAUCGAAAGUGGUGAGGUAGAGCAAGUCAAGGGAAUGACGUAUAGUCUGGACGCCCUCCUUGGUACCAGUAAACCGGCCACCACUCCAAAUCCUGCCGAUCCUUCCAACAUAUUCACCCCCCCUCAAGAUACCAAACCGAAACAAAGUAAGGCGAGAUAUAGUGACGGGGAUGAAGAAAUUAUCAAGCAAGACGAAAAGUUCGCAACCGUCAAUGGCAUCUCAUAUACUCUUCCAAACCUACUCUCAGGGCCGCCCCAAGAGCAACCUGGAAAGAGCACAAGUGAUGCCUCUACCACACCAAAGGCAGCCUCCGAAGCAGAAGUCCGCGCUGACCUUGCCCUUGGAGAAAAGCCGUGGUAUUCUCGACUUACUUCCGAGAAUAAGACCGCUUUGUACUAUGUAGUUGUAUACCUGGCACCUGGUGACUACCACCGUUUCCAUUCUCCAACUGCGUGGGUUGUUGAGAAGCGACGUCAUUUCGCUGGAGAGUUAUACUCGGUAUCUCCCUAUCUUCAACGAACAUUACCAGGGUUGUUCGUGUUGAAUGAGCGGGUUGUACUUCUUGGCAGAUGGAGGUGGGGCUUCUUCUCCUACAUUCCUGUCGGUGCCACAAAUGUGGGCUCCAUUAAGAUCAAUUUUGAUCGAGAACUACGAACAAAUUCUUUAACAACAGAUACUGCUGCCGACAGAGCUGCCGAUGAAGCCGCGAAACGCGGGGAGUCUUAUAGCGGGUUUGCUGAAGCCACUUACGAGGCUGCGAGUCCCAUACUACACGGCCAUGCCCUAAGGAGGGGUGAAGAAAUGGGAGGGUUUCAGUUAGGAAGUACAGUCGUACUUGUGUUUGAGGCACCUAAAGGAGAGAGACCAAGUCUGGAUGAAGGUUGGAUGGGACAGAAGAGAAAAGGGGGCUGGAACUGGGCCAUCGAGAAGGGUCAACGUGUUAAAAUGGGCGAACAAUUAGGAUGGGUCGACGGAGCGUAA